AUGAAGUCGCAAAAUCCGUACUGCAUCGAUGAUGAGAAAGACGAUUUGGACAGAGAUCCAGCAGACAGUGUCCACGCAAGAUUUUUUACCGGCAUGAUUAUUCUGCCAAUACUUGAAGUCAACCUUCGAAGAGCAAACUACAUGAGAAAAGGAGUAUUCGAAGAACUGAAGGUUUGCAUCUCCAAUGAUCGCUUGGGCAAUAAAUUUGAUACGAUUGGAGUAGAAAUGUUCAAGAAGCUAUUUGAAACCUUCCCAGAAAUCAAAGAUCAUUUCUGCGAAAAUGAUGUCGAAGAUAUGUCCUAUGGAUUGUUCGAAAUGUACGUUUUACAAUAGAGCUUGUUUCUUUUGAUUCGAAUAGUUAACGAUAAUCUGACUUUUCAAUUUCUGCUCCAGGAUUUAUGUACUUGUUCAAGGCUCAGGCAGAGAUCUGGCCAACCCACAAUCCAACCUACGGAAGAUUCUACGAGAGCAAAGCAUGAAGUGGGUAGAGCUUGGCUUGUCCACUCACGUCGUCUAUCUUAUCGGGAGAGAAAUCCUAGAGGGAAUGGAAACUAUCUUUGGUGACAGUGUCAAUCACUCGAAAGAGAAGCUUCGAAAUGCAUUUGCAUUCUUAUGGAAACAUUCAAUACAGUUUGUUCUCCAUCCAAUUCUGUUGCAACAAAAUUUGCAAGCGGAAGCUUUGAAAUUCUACAACGACGUAGCGGCAGAGCUCAAGUGGUCAACCUCAACGAAACAGAACAGAUUGUUUGAGGUUAAUAUGGAAAUCCUUGCGACCGGCGAAUACACCCACACACAGGAAGAACUCGAAAUCGGCGCUAGGCUCGCGUGGAGAAACAGUGCAAAAUGCAUCGGAAGGUAAGCACAUAAUCUAAAUUUUGUCGAUAUUUCAUAGCGAACGAGAAUUCAUCUCAUCCCGGUAUUUCCAUCCAUAUCCAAAAAGGAUUGCAUGGAACACCCUAGUCGUUCGUGACCGUCGACAUUGCACACAG